CACGCAGCGCAGGAGGCUCUCCUCGGGCAGGGAGCGAUGGCCGACGAGAUCAGCAAGGCGCAGGUGGCCCAGCCGGGCGGGGACACGAUCUUCGGGAAAAUCAUCCGCAAGGAGAUCCCCGCCAAAAUCAUCUUCGAGGACGAGAAGUGCCUUGCAUUCCAUGACAUUUCUCCGCAAGCACCAACGCAUUUCCUAGUGAUCCCCAAGAAGCCUAUUGUUCAGUUAUCUCAGGCACAAGAUUCUGAUGAAGCUCUUCUUGGACAUUUAAUCAUUGUUGGCAAGAAAUGUGCAACUGAAUUAGGCUUGACCAGGGGAUACCGAAUGGUGGUGAACGAAGGGCCAGAUGGUGGUCAGUCUGUCUACCAUGUACACCUGCAUGUCCUUGGUGGUCGUCAGUUGGCUUGGCCUCCAGGUUAAGGAUUAUGUGGUGGGAUAAAAGAGUAUUGCCCUCAAACCAUUGCUUGAAUCCAGUCAACACGUGUGAAAAAUCCAACCACUGUUAAUCAAUGCCAGUCACUUCACUUUGUGGAGAAGAGAAGUUUGUGCAAGCCUUGUCCAAUAAAGUUAAAAGCAUGUUUGAUCCCCA